AUGGAAUCAGAGUUCCCGGCCGAGCAAAUUGAAUAUUUGUUUAAUAAUAAAUGGACAUAUGAGGUUCAGAAGUCCUUUGCACGGUUCUUGGUAUUAGUGUCUCCUCAUUUGCCGUUGUUACUAGAAGGCAAUAGAAAGGAUGCGUACUCGCUGUAUACCUUAUGGGCGGAGAGGUUAACUACUGACUUUGGAAAAUGUUUUACUCCAUCGGACUGUCAAGACAAGUAUGAGCAAUUUAAGAUAAGGCAUAGGGUGAUGCGGGACAUGAUUAAAAAGCAUGGAAUCAAAUAUUGUUAUGAGAGUGGUAUGAUGUGGGGACCAGUAGAAGCAUGGAAUACGGUCGACCCUAUCAGUGUGGCCUAUAAAACUCUUGGAGACCCCUUAUGGGUAGAGUUGCAGCAAAUGUUUGGAGAGUUCAACGAGGAAACAGUCCAUCCGGCUGUGCAAAGUAGCGCUGGGAAUGGCGUUAUGCCUGUUCAGGUUGAUGUCGAUAGCCUGAAAGGAAAGCAUCCACUUGAGUAA